AUGAUUGUUGGGGGGCAUGCCACGUCCUCUACAAUUGUGUUAAAGCACAUCUGCAAUCUGCCAAGUAUGAAGUUUUGUGCCGAUGCUCUUAUGGCCAAGUUCUGUAUAAGAUCAUGCUUUUUGCCAGCCCAGUACCUUCUGUCUCUUUUGCACCAUCAUCAUACCGUCUAUUCUUCACUUGUCUCCUUGGAAAAAACCCAUCUUCUGUCUAAUCUCCCUCCAACACUCAAACUUCGAAGCCCUAGUGCUGUAAAAAAUCAUUUUGAAAGCAUUAGAGAAGCUGGAUUUGCAAUCUUUCUCCAGUCCAAUACACAAGUUCUCAUUCAAGCAUGCCGCCCAGUUCUUGGAGUUGAUCCAAUCUUGUUUUUGCCAGCCUCACGUGUGGAACGUGGCCGUUUGAUUCGUUGGAGAAUGGGGUGGUUACCAGGCAAACCAAAGGAAUGUCCUUGUGGAUCAGAUCACACCUCACACCGCCAUUUGUUGGAUUGCCCACUUGUUCCUAUGGCACUAUUUGAACAGUUGCCUCAACCUGACCAAGAUCAGAUACACAGAAUUGAUUUUGCCAUCACAUCCUUGCCUUUGUCAUCUCAAGAACUGCGAUCUGCUUACUGGAUACCACUGCUGACUAUUCUCUGGCACAUAGAUGUUAUAUGUAAUCCUGAUGGUGACUAUUCACAUGAGACUGAACAUGCUGCAAAGUGGAGAGCAGAUUCAGCCAUUGAAGCUACUACAUCCCCACUUCUCUUUCACUUUGCAUCUAUACAAUUCUAUCAUCAAUCCAUUCAAAAUAUUGCUUCAACCAUUGCAUCCAUUGUCAAACACGACGCAUCUACCCUUCCCACCACCGCAUCCAUUGUCAAAAAUUUUUUUCCUAUCGUUCCUGCCAUUUUAUCACCAAUUUUCACUUUUUCUCUGCCGAUUGCUGCCAUCUCAAGAUCAUCGCCAAACAUGUCGCAAUUGUUGCCUGCUAAUUGUAUGCAAAGUCUGCCAGCCGAACUUGUGACGUUUUUAACCAGUAUGCAGUCACAGUUCAAUGCACUUAACAAACUUCCUUCUGCCUGCCGGGUUGCUGCCUCUCAAAGACUGUUCUCUGACAAAACUGGUCCUGAUGGUUUUGAAUAUGUUUAUAUUCCUUGCUCACGUCGAAUUACACACAGUGAAGUGCGCCGCUCUCUCCGCACUCUUGGUGUUGACACUGGUCACCUGUUAGAUAUUAACUUUCCUGCUCAUGGAGUUAUUGGAAUUCUUGUUCAUGUGCAGUAUCUUGAGGAAUUUAAGUCCCAAUUAGCUAGUGCUAAGGUCUCUCUUGCCAACAACUUUGAUCCACUUGAUCCUAAAAAUGUUGCUGAUCCCAAGUUUGCCAACUUGUCUGUCUUUGGUCUUGAAACCCAGGCUUUGGUUCUCCAAAAUGCCUGCUGUCUCCAAGCUCUCAAGUUUUUGCGUUCUCACUUGUCAGGAUGGAUUGGACUUGAGGAAAUUCCUGUCCGACCAGUAGCUGAGCACUUUGGAUUAUGGAAUGCUAAUGGGCUUCAACCUUGUGCAAUUACAGACGUGCUCAAUCACUGUCAAUCUCUUCAUAUGCUUUUUAUAACUGAAACAUGGCUCUUAUCCCCAGCCCGUCUUCUGACCUCAUGGUCUCAGUUUCAUCUCUAUGGAUCUCCUGUUGCUGGCAACUACCACGGAUCAAUGGGGGUGUCAUUGUUAGUCUCUCCUUCCUGUCCUUAUGCUGUCACACAAAUACCUAUGCCCAACAACUAUGCUCUUGCUGUCAAGAUUGGUACCCUUUGA